ACACAGAAGCAGGAAACAGGAAUCACAUGAGUUCAGAGAAACAGAAACUGAAGUGCAGAUGAGCUUUUGUGUGUCUGUCUCUGUAUUCAUGCAGUAAAAUGGCAGAAGCCAGAUUUUCUCAGGAUGAGUUCCCUUGUCCAGUGUGCCUGGAUCUCCUGAAGGAUCCAGUGACCAUUACCUGCGGACACAGUUACUGUAAGAGCUGUAUUACAAGCUUCUGGGAUCUGGAGGAUGAGAAGAGAGUCUAUAGCUGUCCUCAAUGCAGACAGACCUUCAGUCCAAGACCUGCUUUAGGUAAAAACACCAUUCUGGCUGAAAUGGUGGAGAAACUGAAGAAGACUAAACUUCCUGCUGACUGUUACGCUGAAGCUGGAGAUGUGCAGUGUGACGUCUGUACUGGAAGAAAAUACAAAGCCGUCAAGUCCUGUCUGGUGUGUCUGGAGUCUUUCUGUCAAACUCAUUUUGACCGUCAUGAGGAAUAUCACUCUCAUAAACCACACAAAGUGAUCGAUGCCACUGGACGACUGCAGGACAUGAUCUGCCAUAAACAUGAUAAACUCCUCGAGGUUUUCUGUUGCACUGACAGGAGUUGUAUAUGUAUGCUGUGUAUGAUGGAUGAACAUAAAAACCACGACACUCUAUCAGUUGCAGCACAGAGGACAGAGAAACAGAAACAGCUGAAGGAGACGCAGAUGAAGAUCCGUCAGAGAAUCCAGCAGAGACAGAAAGAUCUUCAGCAGCUGAGAAAGGCUGUGGAGUCUCAUAAGCGCUCUGCACAGACAGCAGUGAAGGACAGUGAGAGGAUCUUUACUGAGCUCAUCCGCUCCAUUGAGAGAAGCCGCUCUGAGGUCACACAGCUGAUCAGAGAUCAGGAAAAGGCUGCAGUGAGUCAAGCUAAAGGACGACUGAAGCGAGUGGAGAAGGAGAUCAAUGAUCUGAAGAGGAGAGAUGCUGAGCUGGAGCAGCUUUCACACACACACCAUCACAUCCAUUUCCUGCAGAGUUUCCAGUCUCUCUCAGCACCUCCUGAAUCUACAGAUGAACCUGACGAUCCCUUCAGUUCUGUCUUCUCUUUUGAUGACAUGAGAGAAUCUGUCCAUCAGCUGAGAGACAAACUAAAGGAUUUCUGCAAAGAGGAGAUCAAGAAGAUCUCUGACAGAGUCACUUUUACCAACAUUGUUCCCAGGACCAGGAACAACUUCCUACAGUAUUCCCAUCAGCUCACUGUGGAUCUGAACACAGUGAAUAAACUUCUCAGUCUGUCUAAGAGUAAAAGAGUGAUUAAUAACACUGGCACAGAGCAGUUGUAUCCUGAUCAUCCAGACAGAUUUGAUCCAAGGUGGCAGGCGUUGUGUAGAGAGAGUGUGUGUGGAUGUUGUUACUGGGAGAUUAAGUGGAGUGGGAGUGUGUAUAUGUCGGUAUCAUAUAAGAGCAUCAGUAGGAAGGGACUAAGUGAGUGUUGGUUUGGAUAUAAUGACCAUUCCUGGAGUUUGUACUGCUCUUCCUCCAGAUAUUCAUUCUGGCACAAUAACAUACGCACGGAUCUCCCUGUAAAGUCUGUCAGCAGUAGAAUAGGAGUGUAUGUGGAUCACAGUGCAGGAACUCUGUCCUUCUACAGCGUCUCUGACACAAUGAACCUCAUCCACACAGUCCAGACCACAUUCACUCAGCCGCUCUAUCCUGGGUUUUGGGUUGGUUCUGGAUCAUCAGUGAAACUGUGUUGAUGAACCAGAAUAGAUUUUAGAGAGAUUUUACCCACAACUCUUUCAUUCAUUCAUUUAAUUAAGUCUCCAUUCCUGGGGGCAAACAAGCAAACAUAUCUGUAAAAUAAUCUUAAUUCUGUGGGAAAAUUAUUUUUUGCAGUUUAAAUAUUGUAUUAUAUUUUAUGUUGUUUAAUGGAAAAUGCUCUUUCUGAAAAGAUGUUCUUUCUAUGGCUUCCAAGUAUCAACAAAUAAAUUAGACUUGAAUUGUAAUGAUUUA